CUUCCCCAGCCCCGUUGCAUGAUGGUUAAAUAGCCUGGCCUCACAACCCGCCAUUUUCUGUUGGGGCUGGCGGGAAAAGCGGGGAGGAAGCGCCAGAGCCGCCGCGGGACGACCAACGGCUGCCAACGGCCCCUGAACACGCGCGAGGCGGACGCUCAGAUUUCCUGUGUCCUAAGAAUCACCCAGGAUGGCUCGUACCAAGCAAACCGCCCGUAAAUCUACUGGUGGGAAAGCACCACGGAAACAGCUGGCUACUAAAGCUGCUCGGAAAAGUGCGCCAUCCACUGGUGGAGUAAAAAAACCUCACCGCUACAGGCCUGGCACUGUGGCACUGCGAGAGAUCCGGCGGUACCAGAAAUCCACAGAGUUGCUGAUCCGCAAGCUGCCAUUCCAGCGCCUGGUUCGUGAAAUCGCUCAGGACUUCAAGACAGACCUGCGGUUCCAGAGUGCUGCCAUUGGAGCUCUCCAGGAAGCCAGCGAGGCAUAUCUCGUGGGCCUGUUUGAAGACACCAACCUGUGUGCCAUCCACGCCAAGCGGGUCACCAUCAUGCCAAAAGACAUACAGCUAGCCCGCCGCAUCCGUGGCGAGCGAGCUUAAAUCCCGCCCUUCCCUCCCCUGUCCCCAGCGGCCCCAUUCCCACGCUUGUGCAGUGUACUAGAAUACACUCCAGGUUUUUUUUUCUCUCCUACUCCUGUUUGUAGUGGCUAGGACAUGUGAGGAAAAUGUUUAGAUUAUCUAUCGUAGUAUGUCUCCGAGAUCAGGGGACGUGAUUCUUAAUUAAUCAUUUAUGAUCAAAAAAGAAAAAAAAAGAGAAACCCUUCAAAACCCGCAAGACUUCUGGAUGUUGUUUUUGUAAAACGUUUUUUUCAGAAUCGCAAAAAAAACCCGAAAAAAACCCCAACCCAACCACCAGGGGACACUUUUGAAAUAUCUGGUUUUGUAUACACAACUUCAGUAGGUAAUAGGCAUUUAAACGAGAAGCAGCUUUUUUGGUCUUCAGUUUGUAAAAUAAUCUGCAAAGAAUGCCGCACACUUUUUCUUUUGUUAGUUGAGUCUUUUCUUUGUAUUUAGGAGUGCUUUCCGAGACCAUAUUUCCCUGUUUUCCAUUUGUCUUGUGUCUGUGACCUUUGUAACAACAGGGACUCACCCUGAGACAGUAAGAGAAAAAAAAUAAAUGUUGAACAACAA